AUGGGUGGUUCCACUGGAGUUGAGGAAGAGGACGAUGAUGGUGAUGUGUGUGAGAAGAACAUUUUAGAUUUGACAGAAGACAAUAUAAUGGGGAUGGAAUUCGAUUAUGAAGAGGAUGCAAUUAAGAUCUAUGAAAGAUAUGCAAAGAGGGGGGUGAGGCAUAGAAAAUACUUAGAGCGGAGGGACCGGGUUAGAGUUGCAAAGGGUAGUAUUACCAGGGUGUCAUGUCAAGUUGUUUACUUUGACAAGACUCACAGCCAUGUUCUAGCACCUGUGGAUAAAGUCCAUCUGAUUUCUUCAUAUCGGCACCUGAAUGAUUCUGAAAAGGCUCAUAUUAAUAACAUUAAGCUACAUGGGGUGAGGACUUGCAAUAUAAUGGGUUUGAUGUUGGGCCAGAAAGGUGGUCACGAGGCAUUGGGUUUCACCAAGAAGGAUUUGUUCAAUCACAUUGAUAAGUAG